GUUUCUUUCCUCUCUGGACGGACGGGAUCACGUGUCGACGUUGCAUCCAACGGCGCGACGCGAGGAGAUGCUCGUCAAGAGAUGGCGGGGCGUGAGGGAUCGAGGAUUCACACAAUGCGAUGCGCCUAGCUAGGUAGCGUCUUGGCUAUGGCCGCUGCCGCCGAGUGCUACGAUGUUACCAGGGAUUGCGAUGAGGCGGAGCAGGCGCUCAGACUCCUUCUCCAGGGGAAAUUCGAUGAAGCUGAGGAUAUGAUCGUUGCUAGGGUCAAUGCCAGGGACAGCGUCGCCGGAGCGGUGCCGAUCUUUACUCAUUGCCAUGCGGUCAUCUUGUUCGCCAAAGCUGGAAUCUCUGGAGCUGAGGAAGACAGGAAGCAAGCCAUGGAGAAGCUCGGUACCGCCGCAAGCAUGGCAGAGAAUCUCAUUCCAAAGCAAGGUUGGGUGCAAAGCAUCGCCACAUGGGGAAUGGGAUACUUCUCUUCUCCAUCUCCCAAAUCGGGUGAUAUUAGCGAAGAAGAACUAAGCUGCCGAAUCAUUGAAGCAGAGGCUACAUUUCUUUCAGCAUUGCUGUGCUUCUUUGAAGAAUCCAUUGCUGCGUUUUUUAGAGCAGCUUUGCUUAUAAGAAAGGCGAUCAGAGGUUACAAGCAUUGUCACGCCAUCAUCAAGAAACAGGAAUACUCUAACAGAAGCGAACAUAACGUCAGUGCAGUAAAGCUUGGCUUUGGUGGCUUCAGCCUUGCAAUCUCAAUGCUACCACCGAAAAUGCUGCGGCUCCUUUCUGUUUUAGGAUUCCCGUCGGAUCGAGCUGCUGGACUCAAUUCGAUCAACGAGAGCCUGAAAGGUGGAGGUUUGCGAGCACCCCUGUCCGGCGUACUGCUGCUCUCGUACCAUGUAAUACUACCAGCAUUUUUCUCUACUCCACAAGAGCGUGAAGACCAUGUUGCAUCUGCGGUGGAAAUUCUAAAUUUUAUGGAAGAAACUUAUCCUAAAAGUUUCUUCCUCAGCUUCUACGAAGGCCGACUGAAACGUCUCAAUGGCGACCUUCAAGGCUCCAUGGAAUGUUUCCAAAGCCUCGAAAGGGGGCUGAAGCUGAGCAGUACUUCACACUUUUUCAAAUUACGUCAUGCAUGGGUGUAUGAGCUUGGAUUAGGCCACAUGCUGCUGCUUCAAUGGGAAGAAGCGGAGAAAUACUGGAUUGAGUUGAAACAGGACAGUGCGUGGUCCCGUGCGUUCUUUGCGUAUUUACACGGAGUGUGCCUUUCUAUGCGCGGUGAAGGGAAGCUUGCAGCAAAGGAGUUUGCGGAGGUGCAAGGCCUGUUGCGAGGAACCAUGUCUGGCCGGGUCUUAGCCGAAGAACAAUAUGCUUCAAGAAAGGUUAAAGAUCAUACUCUUGAUACCGUGGAAGGAGCACAGGGCGUUCAAGGACAAUUAUGUGGAGUAGAGUUUUUGUACUUGUGGAACUCGUUUCCUCAGAUGCCGAAGGAUGAGCUUGAGGCUGUUGUACAUAUUAUUGACAAAGCCGAAAAGAGCCUUCGCAGUAGUCACCGUGAGAGUGCUAUUAACUUGGAAAAAGAGGACGAGGAGGAACCGGACGAUUAUGUUGCUAUUUGCAAUCUCAUCAAGGGCACUGCUCUCCGUGAACAAAGAAAACUUGUGGAGGCGCACUCUUGUCUGGACUUGGUGAGGGAAGAUGACAUGUACGUGGAGUCCGAGUUGUUUGUGAUCCCAAUGGCAGCCUACGAACGCGCCCUGCUGCUGAUGUACGAAUACAACGAUGACCAAUCUCAUCCGCUCAAGCUCAUCUCCAACGCAAAGAAAGAGCUCGAUACUGCGGAGGGCUUUAAGCGAGACUACAACUUCUUGUGGCGGCUUUUAGGCCGCGUUCACGCUGCUCGUGGAGCAUUGAAAAGCAUAAUCGGAGAGGAGCAGGGAAGCACGAACUCGGACACGAGUACCAUUACAGACAACGACGACGAGAAAUGGGAAGACUGCGUAGACGAAGUGGACGAAACAUUUUUUAUGUCACUGUAAUGUGAGCACCCAAGAUCACACCGUCAUCUAUAGAUCAAUAACGCGCGCUACCGAUAGAGCCGUGGCCCGGCGAGCGACACUCCCGUCUCGUUACUAAGCUACUUCUCCAAUAAGUUGCUGGCCAUCAUGCGCUUAAACUCGUCAAAGUUCACCUGGCCAUCGCCGUCCGCGUCCACAGCUUUGAUCAUCCUUUGGCAGUCCGCCAGCUUCACGCCCCCGUCUCUCAGUCCCAAGCUGCUCAGCACCGCCUGGAGCUCCACAACCGUGAUGAACCCGUCCUUGUUCUUGUCAAAGACGGAGAAGGCCUCUCGCAGAUCCUGCUCAUCACCGUCCCUGGCCCUGUGGUGCUGAUCAUCGUAGUAGAUGUUGCUGUAGAGCGCCAGGAACUCAUCAAAGUCGACGAAGCCAUCCCCGUCAUUGUCCACGGCCACCACCAUGCUCUCCAGCUCCGACCUCGACAUCUCGAAACCCAGCUUCUUCAUCGUGUUGCCGAGCUCCUCGCAAGAGAUCUUCCCGUCACCAUUCUCAUCAAACGUCUCGAACAUCUUGAUCAGCUCCUCCCGCUCGGCGAAUGGCUCCAGCCGCGACUCGGCGCUCACGAAACUGUCACACGACUCUACGCUCCUCUCAGAGAAGGUGCUGGAUCGGCUGCAAGCCGGUCGGCUCCGUGUUGGUCCGUUGGAGAGAGCAUUGGAUGGAAACUCCACUUCCCCAGUUUGAUCCGGAAGCUUUCCAGCUGCGGAAGCUCGAUCCUCCGAGAGCUCUCCAGUUUGAUCCGGAAACUCUUCCCCCUGGCCCGAGAACUCCCCAGCCUCUAAAGUUCGCUCUUCGGUGUGACCUCCAUCUCUUCCAGUUGGUAAAACUUGUUCUCCUUCGUUGCUACUGUUCUUCCAUCGCAGUACUUCUUCGUGGAGACUGCUAUCACCUGUUCUUGACAAACUUCCAUGAUCUGGGUAGUGGUCGUCGCUGGAAUACCCUGCGCGUGAGCAAUUGGCUGGGAGGAGAGCAUCUACGAAGGGGCCCAAGACGUUCGUGGCCUCCACCGCUAGAUCCACUGCGUCACUCUCCUCCGAGACCCCCGGAUCCAGCACUUUGUUCUCCAAAUCCAGCGCGGUCUUGUCCGAGAUAACAAGAUCGCAGUUGCGCGUCGCUGGGAUCGUGUCGUCGCGGUCCAUCGCAGAGAAAACCUAAACCUCGUACCGAUCGAUCGAUCGCU